AUGGAAUUAGAAUUUGACCUUUGUGAUUAACCAUCCACCUACUCAGAUAUUUUUGAACAUCCUUUACAAGAAUAUGUAUGGAAGAGAAUAUUAAUUGAAGAAUAGCCAAUAGAAGUUUUGUUGAACAUAAUGAAAUUUUUGGAUUUGAGAGACAUAUUUUGUGUUUUAAAUCACACAAGCAGAGAAUUUUACAAAUUAAUAUCCAAAAAUAACCAAUUCAGAAGCAACCUUAUAAAAAUGAUUUUUAAGAGAAGUACUGGUUUUUCUUUACCUUUUAGUUCUAACUUAUCUGAAGAAAAAAUUAUCAAAACUCUCUUAAUUCCUUCUUAAAUAAAUAACCCAAUUGCUUUUUAUGGAUAUGCAAGUAACGGAGGAUUUGACUAGCUUCAUGAAUAUUGGGUUGACACUGCUUUUAUAAAAGGGCUUUGGUCUAUAUGCUCAAAGCUUGGAAUUAAAAAUGUGAAUAUUGCUGGUUCAACACUUAGCGAUAGUAAGAAUAUAUACUCAACCUAUCUGAAAAACUUCAAGUCUAUUGAUGAUAUGGUUUGCAGUAUUAGCAACUAUAUAAAAUUCAACUUCAAUGGAGAUGCUUUUUCAUUUAAUUAUAUUAAGAGAAUCUUUUACGGAUUUAGUCUUGAAGAGUUUGAAUAAGUUGACAAAAUGUAUAGAGUAUCUUGCAUGAAUUAAAAUUAAUUUAGAGCUAAUCAUGAGUAAAUGAAAGGACUGCUAAAAAUUGCAAUUGACCUUUAUUAAAAAACUAGCUUGUGUAAACAAAUAAAUCUUUCAGUUCAUGAAAACUAUAUUGAAGACACAUAAAACGUGCUUUGUAACGAGACUAUCAAUAUACUCACAGGAGUUUAAAUUAGCAGAGAAGGUUUUUUCUCAUGUCCAGUAAAAACUUUGAUGCUUUUUGGCAGUAAUAAAAGAAUAAAAGUUGAAAAAAAUCCUGAUUUAGAUUACUUUAAUGACAUAGAUAAUGAAUAUACUUUAGAAAAAAUCAUUAAUAAAAAGAAUCUUAAAAUAGUUGACACUAACAUUAAAAUAUUUAAAUCAUAAUCUAGAUAUUUUGAUAUUGAGUAAACUGAAUUUAAAUUUGCUGUUUUUUCUAAUUAAAAUGAUGAAUCAGAAAAUUAAGAAUUAUAGGAAAUGGAAAAUGAAGAUAAAUAAUAGCUAUAGCCUAUAGCUUGGGUUUAAUACACAGCUGAAUAUAUAGAUUACAUUUGCUUACAAUUCAGAAGAAUGAACUACUUUAACUGCAAGCAUGUUGCUGUUAAAUUAAUUGACAGUGAAAAUAGAAUAAAAGAAAAAGAUAAAUACUCAUCUACAAAUAUAGAUUUUAAUUACAUUCAAUUCAAGGGAAUGCAAAUAAAAUUAAACUGA